UCACCACCGAGCCUCCCAUUUGUCUCCCUAACAUACACACAUACAUUACCAGUCUCUACGCAUUUCUCUCCUCCUCCCUUUUAUGCAAAUUGAUGUUUCUCUUUGGAAUAUCAGACCAGGUCAGGUCAGGUCAGAUCAGAUCCGAUCAGAUUAAGGGGAGGCCAUUAUGGGGUUGGGCAGAAAGUCGAGCUCCUCCUCCUCUGAUGGCCACCGAUCAUCAUCAUCAUCAUCGUCAUCAUCUCUCCCUAGAGAGGACACCCCAUUACUUAUUGGUUCCAACAACAACAACAACAACAACAAUUCUCUCUCCUCCCAACCCAAGGUCUUCGCCAAUCUCUUCAUCGCCGUCGUCGGAGCCGGCGUCCUCGGCCUCCCCUACACCUUCAUGAAGACCGGCUGGCUCACCUCCCUCCUCAUGAUCUUCUCCGUCGCCGCCCUCACCUACCAUUGCAUGAUGCUCCUCGUCCGCAUCCGUAAAAAGCUCGACUCCAACAACAACAACAACAACGACUCUACCAAGAUCAACUCCUUCGGCGAUCUUGGCUACGCCGUUUGUGGCUCUCUCGGCAGGUUGGCCGUCGACUCCAUGAUCAUCCUCACCCAAGCUGGCUUUUGCAUCGGCUACCUCAUUUUUAUCGCCAACACCUUAGCCAAUCUCUUCAAUUCAUCCCCCCUUACUAAUCUACGUCUACCCUCCAAAAUAUUGGGAAUUUCCGCCAAAAGCUUCUACAUUUGGGGUUCUUUGCCAUUCCAAUUGGGUUUAAAUGCGAUCCCAACUCUCACCCUUUUGGCUCCUCUCAGUAUAUUUGCUGACAUUGUUGAUGUUGGGGCAAUGGGUAUCGUGAUCGCUGAGAAUUUCUCCACUUUUAUGAAACAUAGACCCAUUGUCGAGCCCUUUGGGAGUCUCUCUGCUUUCUUUUACGGUUUGGGCGUGGCCGUCUACUCAUUCGAAGGGGUUGGGAUGGUUUUACCGCUCGAAUCAGAAGCCAAAGACAAGAACAAAUUUGGGAAAAUCUUAGGCAUCACAAUGGCGUUCAUUGCCUCCACCUAUGGGUUGUUUGGAGCUCUGGGUUACUUUGCAUUCGGCCAGAACACGAGAGAUAUAAUCACGGCCAACAUGGGAACUGGGUUGCUGAGUGCUUUGGUUCAAUUGGGUUUGUGUAUAAAUUUGUUCUUCACAUUCCCAUUGAUGAUGCACCCUGUCUAUGAGGUGGUGGAGAGGAGGUUAAGUAAUGGCAAGUACUGCUUGUGGAUGAGAUGGGUGUUGGUUACGGUGGUUAUCAUGGUGGCUCUGUUUGUACCCAAUUUUACUGAUUUCUUGUCAUUGGUUGGAAGCAGCGUUUGCUGUGCACUGGGUUUUGUAUUGCCUGCUCUGUUUCAUUAUCUAGUCUUCAAAGACGAAAUGGAUAGGAAAGGGGCAUGUUUGGACAUUGGGAUAGUUAUUCUAGGCACUGUUAUUGGGGUAUUAGGGAUUUGGUCUUCUAUAUCUGAAAUUGUUUCUGUAAAGGCACGAUUAUAAUCAUUCCAGUGAGGAGUACGUUUGGUACAUAGCUAGUUGUUAUUUUGUAAUUGGAAUGUUUGAAAAAAAAAAAAAAAAAA